AUGCAGGACUCUGGCGAGAACUUAUGGGGACGAAGUGAGACAAGUGAAUUUACGUAUACGGUGACAAUUCCAAGCGUGAGUCAACAGGCUUCCCUGGUAGUAGUACAGGAUCGAAAGAUUUGUACGGGUAUACCGGCGUUCCCUUCGCACGGCCACUGCGUUUGGGACGCCGCGCUGCUGCUGGCAGACUUUUUGCAGACUAAGGCAAACCAUAUGUAUCACGUAACGUCCAGCGUUCAAGAUGAAGAAGACCUGUUUGAGUUUAAUGGCAAGAAAGUGGUGGAGCUUGGUGCUGGAGUAGGACUGGUGGGCAUGACGUUAGCUGUGUUGGGAGCUCGAGUGGUGCUCACGGAUCAGGAGUAUGUGCUGCCUUUGCUCACUAAAAACGUGACCGUAAACUUCUCUGAUGAGACCAGGAACCGAUUGCUAGAAAUUGCUGUACCGAAAGUAGAAAGUUGUCAGUGGGGAGAGCCGUUUCAAUCUGGUGGUUCGUUGGUGUCGUGGUUGAAGAGCACUGACGUAGUGAUCUUUUCGGACGUGCUCUACCAUGCUUCAGCAUACCUAUUGCUGCUCAAGACACUACAUGAACUAGUGUCUCCAACAACUGAUGUUUUUUUCAGCUUUGAGACACGAAAUGCAACGAUUGAAAGCAGUUUUUUGCUCGAACUUGGAAAAACUUUUGACGUUGCGGAGGUCUCUCGUGAAGACAGCGAUCAAGUCUUUGCCAGGUUUGAAUAUUCUGACGAGUUCUUUAUCUAUCAUGCGCGCCUUCGAGCUGAUGCAAUGAUGGUCAAAACGUAG